CGGCGAGACUUGCACACGCGCUGCUGGCCUUCCACGAGUGUGCUGCGCCGCUGUUGGCACCGCAUCUGCUAGCGUACGUGCUCGGCGGCCUCGGCGAGAUGAUGUCAGCGGGCGUGGUGUGGCGCUGGCAGGGCUCCGACGCGCCGCCCGCCGCCGCCGCCGCUCGCCUGGCCACGCUACGUCACGCGCUCGCGGCGCUCAGCCUGCCGCACCGCGGGCUGCACCGCGCGCACGCCUACCUGCACCUGCUGGCCUGCGCGCCCGAGGAAAUCAUUACAUCCGUACGUGAGAAAGGCGCCCAGUUCUCCGAAUUGGAAUACCUGAACGCGUUCAAAGUGAUCGGCGCUCAGCGAGGCCUGUCCGCGGCUGACAUGCGAGCACAACUCAAGCAACUGUCGGCUGCCUUGGGACAUGUCGGCGUUACCGUAUAAAAUACCUUAGCAACGGAACCGUUAACGUUAUAACGCAAGGAAUACCGUUAACGUUAUUACUUUACCUCUAGCUAUCCAGAACAUAAAAAGGUAAAU